AUGGCUAGUAAUGGCCAGUCGCGGAGACUCUUCUCCAUCACAAUCUUCGGCUACAAGAAGGACGACAUGGAUGAAACGGAGUACCAUGACUACAUCAGCAACGUCCAUGCAGGCCAUCUGAAAGCGUUGCUUGCCAAGAACGACAUUGUCUCCUACACCAUGCAACACAACACCACUGCCGAGCGCGAGCUGCUGAGAAAGAUCCGCUCGGACAUCCCCGCCGAGAAGGAAUCUGACGCAGAUGCCAUUGUGCAGAUUGUCUUCAAGGACAUUGAAGACUAUCUCAGGGCGCGGAAAGAUCCGCAUUUUGUCCAGGUCGUCGACCCGGAUCAUGUCAACUUUGCGCAUCCCAAGAAGACAAAGUUUGUGACGGGGUGGUACGAGGUCCAUAUAACGGAUAGCCAGGUAGUCUCGUAA